AAAAAAAGUCAUAUCAUGACACGGUUAAACACUUUAAUGUAAUUUAGCUGUUUGAUAUAAUCAAAAUCCUGAUUUCAACAUUUGACAUUCUGUGUGUCUUGCCGUGUUAUCCCCUAACAAUGUUGGAGUAGGGGCAUAUACAGCCACAAAGUGGAACGCGUUCUGACCUGUCCAGUGUUCUAGUUUCUCAUACGAAUUAAUUUAUUUGAAUCACGAGUCUGCUUUACAUUUAUCUAGAUUGUAUACCAAAUUACGAUUCACGGAUGAUGUUCAAUAUAGUACAUCAACGUUUUUAAUGUUUGAAUAUAUUUUUACGAACAGUUUUUCAGGUAAAAUAUUAAGAAGGCACUGGUGUCCAUAAUGGAUGUUAUCGAAUGUCGAAAAGUUGGCAUAGAGGACUAUGACGAUGUUAUGAGUAUCCGAGACGUUUACGAUGGACUGGACUACCUGCCCGCCCUCUAUCGGACAUUUAUGGCCGAUCACACUGGGUAUGCUGUUAUUGUAAAUAAAACAAUGGUAGCGUUCCAAUGUGUUACUUUCAUUGAUGACGGAGAAACUAUUAUUCCGAGAGCACUACGUAUGCGCAAAGGAUAUGAGGGCAGAGGACUGGUCUAUCGUCUGAGAGCCUUCGUCCUGCAGGACAUCGCAGGAAAACCGAGACUCAAGCGUAAUGUGUUCACGACCGGAAAUGAGGCAAUCCUACAGAAGGUGCUAAAAGAGAGGAGAGGUGAACUCAUAGUUCAGAGGGAUAUCUUGUUCUACCAAGGAGGGGUUUCAAAGGUAAUCCCCUUUAUUCCCACGGUUGACAACAUACCAAUGAGGAUCUUGAGCAAGGGUGACCUACAGAAACUACUGUCAUCAAAAGCAGACGACACGGACAAGUUGUUUCCACAGGGGAGAAUCAUUGUCGAUUGGGUGCCUUAUCGGCUGCUGGCUUCAAAUGAGGAUCAUUUCUUCAACGACUUUUGUCACAUAUUGGGCAGCGAGUGCAAAGAUGGAGGCUCCGGCAGCUUCGAAUGCAGUACACAGGCUGUUGGCUACAUCGUGCCUAACGGAAUUCGAUACAAUGUAGAAAUAUAUGGUAACUUCACAGAGGAGACUUUCUCACUUCAUAUGGCAGAACAUCUCAGAAAGUGUUCCACGUUAGAAUACGAGAACAUUAAUUUCUUCAUACAUUAUGAACACGGGAUGCAUGGUGUAAGCAUGAUCUCAAAAUCAAUGCAUCAGUUUGGAAUGAAUGUAUUAGAUACAUUCCACGUCAACACGAUGUAUGGAAUUAAGUUCCAUUGGUUAAGUUAUCUAAGUACUGAUCGACCAACACAUAAGUACAGUAUUUCAUUCAAAAGAAUGAACCAGCUGUGCCAUAUCUAUUUUAUAUAAUUUCGUCGUAAUGAAGUUCUACGGAGUUCGCAUAAAAUUUCACUGUCUGGUUAAGAAAUCCGAAUAGCUUUCUCUCCAAGGGCCCAUUAUGUAAUGCGCUCUGAGAGAGAUUAAUACGAGAAGUGUUUUGUGUCUUUUGAACUUUUUAUUAAUGAAAUUGUCUACUGCGGAGAUCUCGCGAAGGUUUUCUGUCAGAAAUACGAGUGACUUUGUGUCUUUUGUAAUUUGUAUUAAUGAAAUUGACUUCUACGAGUUCUCGUCAGAAGUACCAGUGAUUGGUAAAAUAGUAUGUAUAGAAUUGUUUGUUCUUCUGAUUUGCUUUAUCUUAAGCAACAAUAUUGCAAUUUACUCCCCUUUGUUAAAACGAUUUUAUAACAUUCCGUAAAAUUUUAAUGAAAUGAUAAAAUAUUACAGCAAAUUUACAAAUUAAAAUAGAUUAGUGUAACGAUGAAUUACGCUCCCAUAAUGCUUUACAUAGAAAACAAUAUAAAGAAACAACUAUCACAAUCAUAACAAACCGGAACUCUUUUAAGCAAUGUGAAUGGAUUUCAGGCAUGAUAGUUUUUAUUGUAAUGGCUGCAUCCAUGGUUGUGAAGUAUUGUUUUUUGUUUAGAGAUGGAAAAGACAUUCAUUAUCCUGUAAUUAGAGAAAAACCCAACAUUACAUGAAUCAUAAAGUGAUUUUAUCUCGGAUAUACCUCAAAUGUGUCAAAAACUAAAGUAUUGUUUAGUAAUCAGUGGUCUUUGGACAGAAAUUCACAUUAA